UUUCUAAUACCGUGGUUAAGGAUUUAGAUAGAGGGUGACAGGGUGUAAAUCUUGUGUAAAUUAUCAUGUAAAUCAAUUCUUGUGGAAUGUAAAAAUGCAAAGAUGCAUUACUGUCUAUGUAGCUGAACGAAUUUUAAAAUGUGGUUCUUUUACGUGUUAAGUUGGGUUUCCUUGUUCGUACAAAUAUGUUUUGUUACGAUUUCCAUAGCUGCCGGAUUGUAUUAUUUAGCAGAAUUAGUUGAGGAAUAUACUGUUCUGUCUAAAAAAAUAAUAAGAGGUGUUGUACUUGUCACGUUCGGAAUUCAUAUUGGGUUUUUACUAUUUGAAAACCUACCAACGAGUAUGGUAAUAUGUGGAAUCAUCGCCCAAGUAGCGCACUUCUGUAUACUGAAGACGUUCCCAUAUGUCCACAUCAUCUCGCCAUCGUUCAUCAUCUCUAUAGUCAUGCUAGUGGUUAACCAUUACUUGGCAUUCACAUACUUUGCAUCUGUCUACUACAGUUUUUCAGAGAUGAUGGCAUAUUUUACGCUGUGUCUCUGGCUAGUGCCAUUUACACUAUUUAUUUCACUGGCUGCAAAUGAGAAUGUGCUCCCAACUGUAGCUGAGACUCGACCACUCUUAGAUGAUAACGAUGUGGUGAGCAAUUACUUCUCAAGACGGGGAAAGAAAUAUGGCUUGCUUUCUUUUUUCAACUAUGCCAAGGAGUCCAUACUCCCACAACGCACCAAAAAAGCUUUUUAAUGAAGCUGUGAUUUGCACACACCCAUCUACCAAUUCUUGAUUUACAGUCUUACUAUUAAAUUUUUUUAGUAUUCAGGACUCCAAUGGUAAAAUUAUGUACUUCUUUCUAAAUACUAAAGUACAAAUGAAUGGGAUGUCGGUGGAUCCUGCUUGACCAAUUAUUAGAGGUGUAUUAAAGUAGAACAAAACAAAAUUAAUAUGGUUUCUCGGACUGUAUAGAAGUGGUAACUGGUUCAAUGAGAAAGCAAAUUUUCACAGUAUGCUUUCAUAAAUUUACUUGGAAAUAGAAGGGAUGUUCACUGAAACCAUUGUUAAGAAGAAUAUUUCAAAAAAUAUGUUCAACUCAAUUUAUUGAUAAUUAUGAAAGAGAAAUUGGAAAGUAAACAUCAUUCCUUACUUUUUACUAUUUGAAGUAGAGAUUCUAAACCAGGAUUUCGAUGUGCAGUCAAAACUCAGUAAUUGUUUGGAAAAUGAUUCCUAAUCACAUAUAAUGUGUGCUCCUUAUAGUGAUGAGAAUUACUCGUUUUCUUGGUACGGUAUAAUUGUAAGUGUUGUUAUUCUGUCGUAAUAUGUAUCUCAUACCAUGGGGUUGUGAAUCAAUAUAAUCGAACUAGAUUUGAUUUACAUAGAUUCUAUGUAUGAUAAGAACAUAAAAUACCAUCCAUGACAGGUGAAGUUUGAAUAUGUACUUUUAUACAAAAUCAAACUGUAGUUUGUAUCCCUGUAAUGAUAGAUUUGAGAAUGUGCUCAACGUCGGACGCUGUGGACACCUGAUGCUCUUGUACUCUUUUCAAUUUAUAACUUUCAGCAAACGACACUUCUUUGAUAAGUGAUUGAAAUUAAAUAUUGUUUAGAAUAGUCGAGAAAUAACACACGUACCUAGUGAAAUAAGCACGUAUUGACAUGGUUUAUACUUUCCAAGUAUAGAAUUUUAUAUCAAACAAGUUUUAAUAAGUACCAAACAUUGUGCUUAUUUGCAAAUUUACUAGAAACCCACGAUAAUUAUGUUUGAGACAUUUUUUGUCAUUUAUUGUUAUUUAUUGGAGAGUCAUUUGUGUAUAUAUACUUUUUCCAUCAAUUAUUGUAAUACUUGACUUAAAUGGUUAUUUAAUUUGUACAAGGCGUAAACAGUAUAAGCAAAAGCUUAGAAUACAUAUAUGUACAUAGAUU